AUGCUGCCAAUUGCUGGAAUUUUGUUGUUGGUAAUUGGGCAUUCUCUAAGCAGAGAUGAGCCGUUAUUCGUCAAAAACCCAGAAGACAUAUGUGAAGAUAUUGCUGAUCCUGGUCCAUGCCAGUAUUACUCGGUUCGAUGGUUUUGGGACAAAGUAGAUGAUACUUGUAAAGAAUUUCAUUAUGGAGGUUGUAUGGGAAACAAAAAUAAUUUCAAAACAAAACAGCAAUGCGUCAAACAAUGCCAGUAUAAGUUGUUCAAUCCCGUAGCAGUGCCAGAUCUGUGCUUGCUCGAGGUUAAUCAAGGACAUUGUGGGGAUGAGCGUAGAGGACAAUGGUGGUGGUUUUUCAAUUCAGAUUCUGGAGAGUGUGAGAAGUUCUUCUAUUAUGGAUGUGGCGGUAACGACAACAAAUUCUACAGUUUACACAUGUGUAGGAAAGUUUGUGCCGAACGUUUGUCUCCUCAAAUAGCUUGUGACACAUGUGAUCUACGUACAUCGUUUUGUAAAUCUCAUUCGAAGUUCAAUUACACUUGCGAAUGUCGCGUUGGAUAUGAGAAAAACCAAUAUGGCGAAUGCAUCGAUAUUGAUGAAUGUCGAGGAUAUGAGAGGAUAUGCGACAAGAAUGCUUGGUGUACCAACACGAUUGGAUCAUACUCAUGUGAAUGCAUGGCUUCUUACAGAGGAGAUGGAAGACAUUGCACUUAUGUAGGAUUAGGGAGAUCCUCAAUAGAUUGCAAGGACUGUUCUCCUGAUGCCACAUGCGACAAUGGAGUUUGUAAAUGCAUGGAAGGAUUCCAAGGCGAUGGAUUCAAUUGCACAGAUGUUAAUGAAUGCAUGAAACAACCUUAUGUAUGCGAUAAAAAUGCUGAAUGUAUUAAUCGAAAUGGCAGCUUUAUAUGUACUUGUCUGGCUGGAUAUGCUGGUACAGGGUAUCCUGGAAACUGCACUCAGAGCAAAAACUCUUGCUUGGACAAAUUCAACCGCGACUAUCAAGAGCCAUGUGGACGUGAAAAUUGGCGUCCACAUUACUAUCUGGAUCAUCAAACUAGAAUGUGUCAACAGUUCUGGUACGAUGGUUGUCCUGGGUUGUCUCGUAACAUUUUCUCGGAGCUGGAAACUUGUGAGAGCAUGUGCGAAGAAACAAAUGUGUUAACUCGAGCGGAAGUCUGCUGGGAUAAGUUUGAUCUGAACUAUCGGAAUCAGUGUUUGAACGGUCAGUGGGAACAACGUUACUACUUCGACCACGCUUCGUUAACUUGUCGACAGUUUUGGUUCGAUGGUUGUCGUUCUGACAGUCGGAACAUGUUCGAAGAUGUUUUAACUUGCCAAUGGCUCUGUGAAGCUCAGCCAAUGUAUAAAUCAAGAGCCUGCUUAGAAGAUUUCGAUCAUAACUUGAAGAACAUGUGUAAUGGAGGAAGAUGGAGGCAGCAAUGGUACUUCGACAAGAACAUAAAAAGGUGUCAAACUUUCUGGUAUGAUGGUUGUAAAGGAUCUAAUGAAAACAUAUUCCAAGAUGAGCAAUCUUGUUUACUAACAUGUGAAAAUCCAACCAAAAAAGAUCCUCGGAAGCCUUGGCACAACAACGACAAACACAAAAUGAAAGAAGCCAUGGGUGAAAUAUUUAAACCAAACAAAACAGAUGAUAUCUGUGAAGAAGACGAUCCUUGCGAGAAUGAAGGAAUCUGCAUUUGGGUUUGGAAGAAGAACACAUAUUAUUGCAAGUGUAAGGCUGGCUACACAGGAACCAAUUGUGAGAAAAAAAUAGAGUUUGAUCCAUGUGCCUCAGCACCAUGUAAGAAUGGAGCCACAUGCCAAAUAAAGUCAGACAAUAAGAAACCAACUUAUGAGUGCUUCUGCGCCACUGGAUUUGGAGGACCUCUUUGUGAUCAGAAGCCGUGUGAUAUCAACCCUUGUUUGAACAAUGGAACGUGUCGGACAACUAGUGGUUACAGUACGUACUUUUGUGAUUGCCGAGAUGGUUUUGGAGGGAAAAACUGCGACAUAGCAAUUGGUAAGAACCCACCAGAGGAAAAAUAUGGAUCGAAGGUUGAACUUGUUUCGAGUGGCAAAGAAGAAUGGGUGCAGCAGAUGAAACAGAGACUAGGUUCAAAAAAGAAGGCGGAUACUCCCACUUCAGGGUCUAAUACUGCGGCUGUUGCUGACGAACCGUAUAAAGAUCCAGCAACUAAAAAACGUGAACGAGAAGAACGCGAGAAGAAGGAAGCUGAACAGAAAGAGAAAGAAGAGAUGGAACAGAAAGAACGUGAAGCUGCAGAAGAACAGAAAAAAAUGGAAGAGGCGCUAGAGAGCGAACGCCAGUAUAAUAUAACAAUGGCUAAUCGGAAUUCUGAUCGAAUUCUCUCGAUUGUCUAUAGCAUUGUUUUCACUAUAGUAUUCUUAUGA